CUGUGCGUAGCGCUCUCGGAACUUCCGCUCUUCACCCUUUUAAGGAAACUGCUUUUUUUUUUUUCAAAUCGUCUCACGCCCCCGCACAGGCCGAGACCUAGAAAACCCUCUCCCACUCGCUAUUUCCGCUUCCUUCCAGUGAGCGUUCUGGGCCUCCCGGUGUUCCCCAGCCCGGUGGCGGUGGCGGUGGCGGUGGCGGCGACGGCGGCGGCCUCCGAGAUGUUUGGCUUAAAAAGAAAGGCGGUAAUCGGCCUGAAUCUGUACUGCGGAGGCGCCGGGCUGGCCGCCGGCAGCGGCAGCGCCACCUCUCCGGCAGGGCGGCUUCUGACUGCCGAGAAGGAGGCCGCGGCCCGGCGGGAGGCGGGGGGAGGGGAGGCGAGCGCGGAGGCCGGCGGAGGCCCGGGCGGGAGCCCCAGGGCCGCCCGGGCGCAGGACGCCCGGAGGGGCGCGCGGCCGGCUCCCAUCGGCGCCGAGGUCCCCGACGCCAGCGCGACCCCCGGGCCGCGGCUGCUUUUCGCGCCCACCCUCUUCGCGUCCCGGCCUGAGCUCCUGGAAGCCCCUGCCGUGGGCGCCAUGUCGCCUGAGGAGGAGCUGGACGGGUACGAGCCGGAGCCCCUCGGGAAGCGGCCGGCCGUGCUGCCCUUGCUGGGGCUGGUGGGGGAGGCCGGGAAGAGCCCCAGCGCCGACGGUUCGCUGCCCUCGACGCCGCCCCCGGCGGAGGAGGAGGAGGAGGAGGACGCGCUGUACCGACAGUCGCUGGAGAUCAUCUCGCGGUACCUGCGGGAGCAGGCCGCGGGCGCCAAGGACUCGAAGCCGCUGGGCGGGGUGGGGCCCACCAGCAGGAAGGCACUGGAGACCCUGCGGCGGGUCGGGGACGGCGUGCAGCGCAACCACCAGACCGCCUUCCAAGGAAUGCUUCGGAAACUGGACAUCAAAAACGAAGACGAUGUCAAAUCCUUGUCGCGAGUGGUUGCCCUUGUUUUCAGUGACGGCGUAACAAACUGGGGCAGGAUUGUGACUCUCAUUUCUUUUGGUGCCUUUGUGGCCAAACACUUGAAGAGCAUAAACCAAGAAAGCUGCAUCGAACCAUUAGCGGAAAGUAUCACAGAUGCUCUGGUGCACUCAAAAAGGGACUGGCUAGUCAAACAAAGAGGCUGGGAUGGGUUUGUGGAGUUCUUCCAUAUAGAGGAUCUAGAAGGCGGCAUCAGAAAUGUGCUGCUGGCUUUUGCAGGUGUUGCUGGAGUAGGGGCUGGUUUGGCAUAUCUAAUAAGAUAGCCUUGUAAGUGCAAUAGUUGACUGUUAAACAACCCCAGGCACCAAAACAAUAUACUUCUGUGAAAUCAAAGUAUUUAUGAAGCUGGUGGGCUUGAAACUGACCAAGCAGCAACUUCAAAGAGGCCAGAAAGCAAGAAAAUUAUGGCUGCCAGUAAUGGGAAAAGUAGUCCCCUUCAAGAGUCACAGUCUGAAAGAAGCAAAGUGCAGUCUCAGCAACAAGCAAACUGCGAGACCUUGAAAGACUUCCAGAUUUAGUGAAGACGAUAGGGUGGUGGAAAGACUUGAUUUCUUUGUGUACAACCAGAGGAGUGGCCAAUAGCCAGCUAGUCAUAGAAGUCAUUAAAUUUGCCCAGCAAAUCAUCAGUUGUCUAGUGUUAAUAGAGAAGCACUAACAAUGACGUGUAUAAAAUGGAUUUAAGCUACAAGGAACUGAACUCUGACCAUAGGCCUCAGUACUGCAGAACAGCAUGUGAAGGGUAGCUUUUCCUCUAUAAUUCACUUUUCCUGUGUAUUUCUUGAGUAGACCAACAACAGAAAUAUGAAAUAGUCUCAAUUUUUAAAACAAAAGCAACUUGCAUUUGUCUGUAAAAGUUAUAUAUUUUUACAGAAAGUAUUUGGACAUAAUGUAUAUCAAAUUUACAGUAGUUUUUUUUUUCAUAACCUUUUGAAAUUUGCAAUUUCUGUAGUUAGGAAUCUAUUUCUUACAGCUUUUUUAUUCAGAACUUACUCCUGGUCAGUUCUAGAGUUUAUACAGAACUAAUGUUACAUGUAAUGCAAACUGGUUGUAUUGGAACAAAUCUGAUCCAUAACUAUGCAGGGUUUAAUUUUCCAGUCUGAUUUUGGUAAAUAUUCCUUAAAUGGGUCCUGGGGGAGGGUCUACUGAUGUCUUAAAAAUAAUGGGCUCUGAUUAGACAACUUCUUUUAAGUUCUUAACUUUGGCCUAAUUUAGCUGGUGCAACUUAAAACUGAGUUCAUGAGCUCAUCUUUAAACCUUUCACUGAAAAAUUUUCAGCUGUUCCAAGUGAGCAUUGUGUGUGAGAGACAUUUGAUUCCUUGUUUACUUAAUUUGUAAAAUGAUGGCUUGCAAAAUCAGGCCAGAUUCUAAUGGUGCUAAUACUCGGCUUGCUUGUUAAACACAGGUUUAAGCCUAGUACGCAAAUAAAAGAAAUACUUAACAAGUUUCUUUUCUAUUGAUGAUUCCCAAGCUUUGUUUUGAGUUUUUGCAUUGGCAUCUCUGGGUCUUACGGCCUGAUCUACUGAAUUUACUGUAUUUCCUGUCCUUUGUAAUACAUGCUGCUAGUUCUCUUCCCUGUACAGAUCUUAACAUCCAUUUCUACAUCAUUAGUCUGUCCGUCUUUGAACUCUUCAGUUGCCCUUUUAGUUUUUAGCACUAUGCACUCUGCUGGGAACUUAGUGUGUCGUUUCCCCCCCCCCCCCACUUUAUCCCUUCAUAAUUCGUGGACUUUGUAUUUUAGGAGGUAGGAACGCUGCAAGUAUUGCAAUAGUACAGCCCCAGAGACGGGAGGAACUUUCUCUUCCUUGGUAUCCUUGCAGUAGAUUUACCCAGUCUUUGGGAGGAACAUUUCAAAAAUCCUCUUUGGAAAUUUCAGAGAUUACAUCCCUUCAAAAUAUUUGCAUUUGAAUAUGCUCACUUAAAUUUCUAGAAAAAGGUGGGCUGUGUUAAACCUAAAAGAGUUACAUGAAAGCUACUGGUAAAAUGAACAAAGUUGCGUUGCAGCUAGUUAUUUGAAAACUUCAAUCUCAAGGCGACCUUUACUCUGCACUCCAAAUAAAAAUAGGUGUGAAUAAAAGACAAAGAAUGUAACAGGGAAAAAUUGCCCUGCCUCUCCUCCUUGGAGCCAUAAAGUCAUCUUGCUAGAGCUAUUUUUACCUGUGUAUUUAUCAUCCUUGAUCACAAGCCACUUAUUUAUAUCAUGUCAAGAACCUAAAAGCACUUUAUGUAGUUUUUAAUUAAUCUUACAGUCUGGUUAAGGUGACUUAAAAACCUCUCCCCAUGGCAAGUCGUGAAGAUAAGUGUGAAUUUGUGUUCAGGAGCCUCACUUCCCAGCUGACUGGGUGUGAAGCUGAGGUGUACGAAGGGUCUCAUUGGUGUUUUGGGUCCAGGACAGUGAGGGCUUAGAGAGCCCAAGAGCUUGGGGGAAGGAUGUGUGCAGGAAGGAAGGGAACCGAAGCUAAUUCACAGGAAGAGGCAUGUGUUCUUACGAAUGCUGACUGGCUGCAUGGGUCAGACAGAAUCUUCCAAAAUGGAAAAGGAAGGGCUGCUUUGAUAGCUCUCAGUGACUUCUCUUUGUCUUAUGCUUCUCUCAGGGAAAAACAAUGCAGUUCUCUAAUGGUGGUGGUAUACAUUCUGUGGGGGGAGGGGUAGACACCUUGGUUGUGGUUAAACAGCUGGUUUUCACAGCUGUGCCAGGAAAGAUUAGGACCAACUACAGGUUAAUGAGAUGUACAAUGUAGUAUCUAUCCCUAACUUCCUGUUCUUUCUGAGAAAAAAUAAACUUGUCAAAUUAA